GUCAGGUGCUGCUGGGAGGGGCUGCCAUCGCGCCUGGCUGCAUAUUCGAGCAAGUCAGCACGAUGAGCGGCACGUCUUUGCCUUGUUCCGUGAGCGUGUUCUUGUUGAUCUGUGUCGUGCUUGUUUCAUCUGUGGUAUGUGCCGGCGUGGAAGAUAGCCAGCGAAUUCAGAACGAUGGACUGAUAAAAAAAGUUGAGUUAUACGAUGGAGUUUACCUUAAGAUACCAGAGCGAACAAAUGAUACCCGAAAAUUGUUCAGUCUCGAAGUGGAUACUGGGAUCCAGAGCUCUGCUGUGGAAGGUCGCAAGAAACAGCAAAAACUUUUGCAGAGAAUACUGCCGAUGUUCAUCAUGCCGUUCCUGAUCCAAUCGGCAAUAAUUCCGAUGUUCCUCAGCAUUCUGAAGUUCAUGCUCUUCAAGGCUAUGAUGAUCGGGAAGGUGGCCCUGGGCUUGGUUAUCCUCAACGCGUUCAGGAACCAUAACGUGCAUAAAGGCAGAGACUCUGAAAUGGCGGAACUCCACUACGGGUAUCAAGGGAGCGACAUGUUUGAAUAUGGUGCCUACAUCCCUCAUUAGCGUUCCAGUUAAUGAUACUAAUGCGAGUUUUAACGAAUUAAAAUCAAUGUAAAUGUAAAAUUGCAGAAUUUCUAAAUUUAUUUUAAUUUGUAAUCAGAAUGAUUCUGCUUGCUCUCUUUACAAAUUUUGAAGUUAAAGAGUUACCUCGUUAUCUAUAAAAAAAUUAAAACAUACUACUUUAAGCUUAAAUAUAUUUUGUCACUAUCGCACUUUAUAAAUUUGAAAUUGACAGAAAGAGACAAAACUUAUUCUAGCUUAAAGUGUUUUUUAAGUUUUUUUUUUAAAUGAAAAACAAGGUUUGCAUUUUCUGCAUUUAGAAUGUUUCAAGAAUAAUACCACCUUUGUUUAUUGGUCACAAUUGUAAUAGAAGAUAGACCCGCAUCCUGUUAUGUAUUAAUGUAGCAAUAAUUUGUAAAAAUAAGAUAAAAUUAUCUAAGUCACUAUAUUUAACUUGCCAAACACAAUGCUCAGCUAAUAUUGUUAAGAUGUCGCCAUGGAAGUAUCUAAUUUGUUCUUAUUUCCAUGAAUGUAAACAGUAAGAGAUGAAGUAUUUAAUAUAGGUGUGUUUACACCUAUAUUAAAUACUUCAUCUCUAUAACGUAUAACGUCAUAUGAAUCAAAAAGUUAUCAACAAAUAAAUGAGAACCGAUGAAACAGCACCGAAUGUAACCUCACCAUGUUUGGAACACAUGACUUUAUUUCCAGCCCCAGAAGGACUCAAAAACGGAAGUCUUCCCGUGUUUUAGCCACAUUAGAUAUUUAUGAUCGUAUAAUGUACCGGCUAUGUGAAUAAUCCAUAGCCCUAAUGGAACCUGCUUAAGCUUGUUACGUUUAUUGUAUUAUAACAUUGAUACAUUACUUAUUUUAAGCACAAGAAAGGAUUGUCGUAUAUUCAUCUUUCUCUCUUAUAGUCGCGUUUUCUCGGUUUCAAUUCGGGGCUGUGACGCUGAGAAGUUCAGAAUCUGCUUCAAAAAAAUAUUAAGAUUCGGUUGUGAUUUUACUCCUUGGGAAUGCUAUUGAUGCCUGCCUGCCUAGGCUGUGGCCCUUAUAGUCACCUAGCACGACAUCCACGGGAGGAUGUGGAGUAGUCCUUUUUUAGGUCUGGACCACACGCGACAUUCAAGUGACGUACAACAUAAAUUUAUACUUACGUUUUUCUUAGGAUUUAAAUAUAACAUUUUAUAUUAGACAAAACCAAGGACUGUUACAUAUAUUAUGAAUUUAUGACCUACUUAAUUUAUUAUGUUUAACAGUGUUACUAUAUUGCUCUGUCUACCAAAUAAUUUAAUGUUAAGGUUAAUUUAUUGUUAUUAUUUAUUGAAAUGACAAAAUAAAUACAAAAUGAA